CCAGUGGUCUUGGUGCACGGACCCGCAUGACGUUCCUGCCCCAGAUUUCAGAUUCUGUCGCGUCUCGACUGGCUUCGCUCGUCUCCGUCGCAUUGCAUUGCCAACCUUCAAAUUUUGUAUCUUUCAACUUCAACCGUCUUUCGCCUGAUAUAAUAUUUGGACAGUGUCGACACGCAGAAGCGCACCAAGCACUCCAUCAUGGCCACCAAGAUCACACCUUUCUUCACAGCUAGCCUUCGCGCCUUGCGACCGCGCACAACAUCUUCGACGACACCAUUGAGUCGCUACACCGCUGCAUCUUUGCGCUCCCCUCGACACAUCACCCCGGCGUCAGUCCGUCUCGCACACUCCAUCCCUCGUCCAUCGCAGCCAACGCCUCGAGAUGCCAACCCGUCGACAGCCAAGUCAGAAUCGGCUCGACCUGCACCUCCGCCUGCAAACCGUCCCUCCUACCAGCUCUCCUUCACCUGCGUGCCCUGUGGACAUCGGUCGCAUCACAACAUCUCCAAGCAGGGCUACCACACUGGGUCGACCCUCAUCACAUGCCCAGAGUGCCGCAACCGACACGUCAUCAGCGAUCACCUCGGCAUCUUUGGGGACACCAAGGGGAUGACGGUGGAGGACAUUGUGAAGAAGAACGGAGGUCUGGUGAAGAAGGGGAGUCUUGGCGAGGACGGCGAUAUCGAAUUCUGGCCAGAUGAGAACGAUGAUCUCAAAGGCUAGAGGUCACCUGCCUCAUGUUCUUCCACCGCUAAUUGCAUCAGUACGGAGUUUUGAAAAGGAUACCAUGUGACCACCGAGCCAAGUCACACUCAUAGAAGGACAUGUACCAGAGAA